CUGGCCUUUGUCUUAUCGAACGUUAGGGAGUGAGCCCUCUAUUUAAUAGACACUUGUUAUCAUUAUCCUUUCCUCCAAGUCUUGGACUGAUACCCUUUGGUUUGACAUUAUUAGGGCCGUUGACGCCGUUCUUCAUUUUUGUUGAGAAAUGGAGAAUUCCACGUCUGAGACCACACCGGCGACGAGGACCAUUAAUAAUCUAGCUGAUAUCUUGGUCAUAAUCGGCUACUUCAUUCUGGUCAUUGGCGUAGGCGUCUGGUCUAUGUUCCGGACCAACCGUGGAACUGUGGGAGGCUACUUUUUGGCAGGACGGACCAUGACAUGGUGGCCAGUUGGAGCAUCACUGUUUGCCAGUAAUAUUGGUAGUGGUCACUUUGUGGGCCUUGCUGGUACCGGAGCGGCCAGUGGAAUUGCCGUGGGGGGUUUUGAGUGGAAUGCCUUGUUUAUCGUGCUCCUAUUGGGCUGGCUGUUUGUCCCCGUUUACCUCACAGCGGGGGUAAUUACAAUGCCUCAGUACCUGAAGAAGAGGUUUGGGGGGACCAGGAUCAGUCUGUACCUCUCCGUCAUUUCUCUGUUCCUCUACAUCUUCACCAAAAUCUCUGUGGACAUGUUCUCUGGGGCUGUGUUCAUACAGCAGGCUCUAGGCUGGAACAUCUAUGUGGCUGUGAUAGCCCUCCUCUCCAUCACAGCUCUGUACACAGUCACAGGGGGCCUAGCUGCUCUGAUGUACACAGACACCGUCCAGACAUUUGUCAUCAUCGCUGGCGCCUUCAGCCUCACAGGUUUCGCCUUCUUUGAGGUGGGGGGCUACAACGCUCUGCUGGAGAAGUACAAGUUAGCACUUCCUUCCACGUACCAGUCCCUGGAGCCCCAGCGCUACAACAUCUCCCGCCAGUGCUUCACCCCCCGAGACGACGCCUUCCAGCUGCUCAGGGACCCCGUGACCGGGGACCUGCCCUGGCCGGGGGUCCUCUUUGGCAUCGCCAUCGUGGGCGGCUGGUAUUGGUGCACCGACCAGGUGAUCGUGCAGCGCUGCCUGGCGGCACGCAGUCUGACCCAUGUGAAGGCGGGCUGCAUCAUGUGUGGAUACCUGAAACUGCUCCCCAUGUUCCUUAUGGUGUUCCCCGGAAUGAUCAGCCGCGUGCUCUUCCCAAAUGAGGUGGGUUGUGUGGUGCCAGAGGUGUGUAAGCAGGUGUGUGGGACGGAGGUGGGCUGCUCCAACAUCGCCUACCCCAAACUGGUGGUCUCUGUCAUGCCCAAUGGUCUGAGGGGCCUGAUGCUGGCGGUCAUGCUGGCGGCCCUGAUGAGCUCCCUGGCUUCCAUCUUCAACAGCAGCAGUACCCUGUUCACCAUGGACAUCUGGACCCGCUUCAGACCGCAGGCCAGAGAGAGCGAGCUCAUGGUCGUUGGCAGAGUGUGGGUCCUCGUCAUCGUAGCCGUCAGUAUCUGCUGGAUCCCUGUGGUCCAGGCGGCCCAGAGCGGUCAGCUGUUUGACUACAUCCAAUCAGUGACCAGCUACCUGGCCCCGCCUAUCGCCUCAGUCUUCUUCCUGGCUGUGUUUGUGAAAAGGGUCAAUGAGCAGGGGGCGUUUUGGGGCCUGAUGGGGGGCCUAGCUAUGGGGCUGUGCCGUAUGGGGCCAGAGUUUUGGUUUGGCUCAGGCAGCUGCCUGUUCCCCUCAGACUGCCCCACUCUGGUUUGUGGGGUCCAUUACCUCUACUUCGCUGUGCUGCUCUUCUUCUGCACCUCCAUCCUGGUGCUGCUUGUCAGCUACUGUACACCGGCCAUAGACGACAUACAUCUCCACCGUCUUGUGUUCAGCCUCCGCCACUCCAAGGAAGAGAGGGAUGACCUUGACUGGAAGCAGGAAGUGAAGGGGAGGAUAGCACGCAGGGAGGCAGAGGAGAAAAGCAGAGACAAGUCUGAGGACAGCCCAGUGGAUGCUGAACCCAAAUCAGGUAUCUGUCGUCUCAUUGGCUGGUUCUGUGGCGUCAGUGGCGCUCAGGUCCCAGAGCUCACAGAGGAGGAGGUUACUGAGGCAUCCAAAGAGCUGCCUGACAUCAGUGAGGAGCCCUUCUGGAAGCAUGUUGUUGAUGCUAAUGCCCUGGUUAUGAUGGCCGUGGCAGUCUUCCUGUGGGGUUACUAUGCAUGAGGGGGCUAGUGACCAUUGAUGAAGUGCACUUUUGGUCAUUCUCACACUUUGUUUAAUUCAGAAUCUAGUAUGUCAUUCGAUGGCCACACACACCUAUUCAUGAAAAAUAAAGUCGUUCUGUGUA